AUGGAAAACUUCUAUGGCUGUCCGUACGACUUCAUUGAGAUCUUUGAUGGCCCACAAAGUGAAUCUUCUUCGCUGGGAAGGUUCUGUUCCCAGACAACCCCGAUAUUCACCUCCUCCUCCAACCGCUUGACGGUGGUGUUCCACAGCGAUGCUAUUGUCACCAACAUCGGCUUCUACGCAUCCUACGAGUCUCUCGUGCAGGAUGAGGAUGUUACGGAUGUGGCCCUCCGGUUGACUGGCGGCAGCCACCGGUGCGAGGGCCGCGUGGAGCUACUUUACAACAGCAGCUGGGGCACCGUGUGCGAUGACAGCUGGGACCUGCGCGAUGCCCAGGUGGUGUGCAGGCAGCUAGGCUGUGGUGCGGCCAUCGCGGCCCUCGGGCAGGCACAUUUCGGGCGAGGCCUGGGCCCCAUUGCUCUGGACGAUGUGGAGUGUGUGGGGACCGAAGCCAGGUUGUGGCAGUGCCUACACAGCGGCUGGCUCGUGCACAACUGCGGCCACCACGAGGAUGCCAGCGCCAUCUGCUCAGCAAGGAAGGCCCCAGCGGCGUCCGCGACAGAACUGGACCCUGACCGUCCGCCCCUGCCCGCCCCUGUCGCCCCCGCAGCCCCGGCCCUGCGCCUGGCGGGCGGGCCGAGCCGCUGCGCAGGCCGGGUGGAGGUGCGCGCCCCCGGCCACGGCCGCUUCGGCCCGGGCGCGGGUCCCAUCCUGCUGGACGACGUGCGCUGCACGGGGACCGAGGACGCGCUGGAGCGCUGCGCCCACCCCGGCUGGGCGCGACACAACUGCCACCACCGCGAGGACGCGGGUGUGGUCUGCGCAGCCCAGCUCUCUUGCUUGCCUCACCUCUUCCAAGCCGUCAUUGACCGAGGCUAUCUCCGGAGACUGGGCUACUCCUCCUGGGACGUCCACUUAAAUGAUGAGAUGUGUCGCCCCCAAGUCACGGGGCGCUACCUGAUCUUCAAUAUUCCCUAUGGCCGCUGUGGCACCAUCCAGCAGGAAUACCUCGGCUCCCUCAGCUACUCCAACUCCAUCAGAGACCGAAUACGUGGCCACCCUGGCCAACUCAUUUUGCGGCACAAGGUGCCGCAGCUGAAGUUCACCUGCAGGGUGGAUGGCCCAUCUGCAAUUGAGAUCGUUCAUGGAGCUGACGCCCCAACAGAGGGUGCCGGCUAUGAUGUGUCCAUAUCAGUCCUCCAGUCACCUGCAUCCCAGCCUGUGGGGGGUAUGGUACCAUACUACACCAGCCAGAGGAAAGAGGUAUUCCUCCAAGCUACCCUCCAUAGCCCUGAUUCCAACCUGAGGCUCUUCGUGGAUACCUGUGUGGUUUCUCCAGAUCCCCAUGAUUUUACAACCACCAAGCAUGACUUAAUCCAGCAGGGGUGCAUCAAAGACAGUACCUACGCCAACCUCCACUCCCGCCAGAAGAAUGUGGCCCAGUUCAAGUUCAAUGCUUUCAGCUUUCUUGAAAGCUAUGAUGUGGUCUAUCUGCAGUGUAAGAUUGCUGUGUGCAAAGUGGGGGACUACUCCUCUGGCUGCUCCCAGGGCUGUGCAGGGCGGAGUAGGAGAUCUGCAGGCCCUGCGGAGGCCAAGGAAGGGCAGACUGACCAUUUCCAAAUGGUGGGGCCACUGGAGAUCAACAAAGUAACUGGUCAGAGCAAAACCCUUGUGUGA